GGAAGUGUUGCGCAGGCGCGUUUGGCAGACUCGCUAGGUGGGCGCUCUCGGAGGCGGCGACCCAGGCAUUUGGGGAGCCAGAGAAGUCGUAUUCCCUUAAACCUGUGCCGAGUUUCACAGCUGCUUUGCUCCCCCUGUGGACAUGACCCCUUAGCUGGCGUUUUGCGCUGCAGUCGCUUUGCGAUGGAGGCUUCUUUGGGGAUUCAGAUGCAGGAGCCAACGGCUUUUUCUCCUCGUGGCCGGUUUCUGGCGGAUGGCUCAUUAAAAAAACAUGAGCAGAAUUUUAAACUGCCAGGUGUUAAGAAAGAUAUUCAGAAGCUUUACGAAGCUGUACCACAGCUUGGUAAUGUGUUUAAGAUUAAGGACAAAAUUGGAGAAGGCACUUUCAGCUCUGUGUAUUUGGCCACAACACAGUUACAAGUAGGACCUGAAGAGAAAAUUGCUCUGAAACACUUAAUUCCAACAAGUCAUCCUGUAAGAAUUGCAGCUGAGCUUCAGUGCCUAACAGUGGCUGGGGGGCAAGACAAUGUCAUGGGAGUUAAAUACUGCUUUAGGAAAAAUGAUCAUGUAGUUAUCGCUAUGCCAUAUCUGGAACAUGAGUCCUUUUUGGACAUUUUGAAUUCUCUUUCUUUUCGAGAAGUACGGGAAUAUAUGUUUAAUCUGUUCAGAGCUUUGAAACGCAUUCAUCAGUUUGGUAUUGUUCACCGUGAUGUUAAGCCCAGCAAUUUUUUAUAUAAUAGGAGCUUGAGAAAGUAUGCCUUGGUAGACUUUGGUUUGGCCCAAGGAACCCAUGAUACUAAAAUAGAGCUUCUCAAAUUUGUCCAGUCUGAAGCUCAGCAGGAAAGCUGUUCACAAAAUAAAUCCUAUGUAAUCACCGGAAACAAAAUUUCAUUGAGCAGCCCAGCAGCACCUAAGGAGCUGGAUCAGCAGCCUACCACAAAAACUGCUGUUAAAAGGCCCUACACAAAUGCACAGAUUCAGAUUAAACAAGGAAAAGAUGGAAAGGAGGGAUCUGUAGGCCUUUCUGUCCAGCGCUCUGUUUUUGGAGAAAGAAAUUUCAAUAUACACAGCUCCAUUUCACAUGAGAGCCCUGCAGUGAAACUUAUGAAGCAGUCAAAGACUGUGGAUUUACUAUCUAGAAAAUUAGCAACAAAAAAGAAGGCUAUUUCUACAAAAGUUAUGAAUAGUGGUGUGAUGAGGAAAACUGCCAGUUCUUGCCCAGCUAGCCUGACCUGUGACUGUUAUGCAACAGAUAAAGUUUGCAGUAUUUGCCUUUCAAGGCGGCAACAGGUUGCACCUAGGGCAGGUACACCAGGAUUCAGAGCACCAGAGGUCUUGACAAAAUGCCCCAACCAAACUACAGCAAUUGACAUGUGGUCUGCAGGUGUCAUAUUCCUUUCUUUGCUUAGUGGACGAUAUCCAUUUUAUAAAGCAAGUGAUGAUUUAACCGCUUUGGCUCAAAUUAUGACAAUUCGUGGAUCCAGGGAAACUAUCCAGGCUGCUAAAACUUUUGGAAAAUCAAUAUUGUGUAGCAAAGAAGUUCCAGCACAAGACUUGAGAAAACUCUGUGAGAAGCUCAGAGGUGUAAAUUCUAACACUCCUAAAUUAACAAGUGAUAUACAAGAGCUCACUUCUCAAGACCCAACUUUUUCAGAGAAGAUGGACCAUAAAGCUGCUCACCUCAUACAAACACCUAAAGCACAACACUCAGGGAAUUCAUUGUAUAAAGGGGACAGUAAUGGCUGUGGGGGUAAUUUUGAUGAGUCUCCUACCAAUCUAGAAGGCUGGGAUGAGGUACCUGAUGCAGCUUACGACCUGCUUGAUAAACUCCUAGAUCUAAAUCCGGCUUCAAGAAUAACAGCAGAAGAAGCUUUGUUGCAUCCAUUUUUCAAAGAUAUGAGCUUAUGAUUAUUGUUCUUUAAAGUUUGCUGUUGUGUAUUGUGAGGUGAGGUGAAAAAGAGUUAUUUGUAAUAGCCAUAAGUUCUUGAUUGAAGACCCGGGCAGGGUGAAUAAUUUGUUUAAAAAUUUUAGUAUUUGCUCUCCUGGCAGAUUCUAAAAUAUGGAUUAAGAUUACUUAAGAUGACUAGGAUAGUUCUUAGACUAACAAAAUGAUCUUUGAGUUAGAUCUACCCGAGUAGGAUCAGAUCUUUCAUUUCCCUAAUUACUUGUCACUGCCAUAUGCAGAAAUAAGAGCAGUUUUAGCCUAGUACAUAGGGGUUGAAGGUACGAGUCUUAAAAUUAAGGGUUGUGACAGGGAUUAAAUGAGUCAAAAGACCUAGUUUACUGGUUUCUUUGAACUAUCUGUACUUUUGGAAAACACCACCUGAUGCUGGUACUCUAACCAUUCUGUAGGUAAAGAAGAUAAUUUCCUUUUCUAGAGGCAUAUAUUAUACCUUUUAUGAACACUAAAACAAUGAAAAUAUUGGGGGGAUAUUACUUGAAAUUGAAUUUAUUCAUUUUUUAAAAGUAUUUUGUGAAAGCAUUUUUUGUGUGAAUUGCCAUGUUUUUCUUAAUGGUUUCUCUUGAUUUUUAUGCCUUCUCUACCCCCACCUAACACAUUCUCCUUGGAAAUUUUAUACUUUCCACAAAGUUUCUGGGUGCUUUGUUAAAUAUUGCCUGUGUUCACAGUUGAGAAAUUAAAAUAAUGUGUUCACUGGUUGAUAAAGGGAAGCUGCAGGACUAAGGUAAAGAUUGACAGUCCAAAAUGCUUUUCUUUUUCUCUGAACGU